AUGACCGCUGCUGUACGGAGAGGAGGCCUGAUCCAGCUACCGACCGAGUUUUCAAGUGGAGGACAACAGGCAAAGACGGAAGCCGGCAACGAGGCUUACCGGUCAGCGAUGAGUUCCGAACCCAAACGUCGUAAGAGGAGCUACUACGUGGCGAGCGCGAAUAAGAAAAGAGGCAAUUUCCUGGAUUGUGAUGUCGGGCGCGGAUUCCUGGUGACAAUCAACCCGAAACAAGAGCGCAGGGCCACGCUCACCGCCUACUCCCUCUUGAACGAAGCGGCCGAUCGACUCUACGGACCUCAGAAAAUUUCCGAGGAGAAUAAAGUAGAUGGAGAUAUCGAAGCCGAACUCAAAAGCAUCCGUGAAGAUGGUUGUCGAUUCAAAAAACUGAGAACGGAGAUACCCGCCAACAUCUUCAUCCGAACAACACUAGAGAAGCCUGUAGACAUACUUUCUGAUGUCUUCGAACGAAUGCCGAAAAACAUCAACUACAUCCACCGCUUCGUUGCCGUCUUGGCAACUUGCAAAACCCAGCCAGAGAACAUUUCGAAAAAGGUGCUCGAAAUUCUUGCGGAGAAUUUCUCCGAAGGCAUGGAGACCAUUACGUUCAUGGUUCAGUUGAAAGCCCGACACAACAACGAAUAUAAGGAAUCCGCGAAACGGCAGGACUUCUGUCGGAAAUUAGCAGAAUCCAUCCAAGAAGCGAACUCGAGUUUCGUCCCGGAUCUCAAGGAUCCGUCGCUCGUGGUAAACGUCGAUGUGCUACAAAAAGUUUGUUGUAUAUCGUUGUUGCCACACUACAAACGCUUCAAGAAAUACAAUCCGGAGCAGUUCGUCGAGCCGCUCACGGAGAAGCCGCAAGAUGAGAAAACAGCGACGGAUCUCCAAGAAGAGGGGCGAUCACAACUCGAACAGGGGAGCGAGGAAGCCAUCGAGGCCAGUGAGAAAGAAAUCGGAGUUGCAAUCGAUUCCGGUGAGAUAGGAAGCGAAAUAAAGGAGCAAGAUAAAUAA